CUCCUUCACUCUUCUUCACCAAAGAGUCCCACAAAAGAGAUUUAAGAGAGUCAGAGAAAGAAAAAGAGUGUGAUGGAGAAUCAGAAGAUGGUUGUGAAGGUAGCUCUGUUGCUUUUUCUUGUGGGACUUUCCGCCACCGUUGAAGCCGUCCGCCUUGACCCAAGUUUGAUUAUCUCACAGGUGAUAAACAAUAUUGGCGAACCAUCAGCAGUGUCAGCAGCCAGUGAUUGCUGCAGUGCCUGCAUUUGUGACCGUAGGGCACCACCAUAUUUCGAGUGCACUUGUGGUGACACUUUUGACCAUUGUCCUGCAGCUUGCAACAAAUGCGUCUGCACCAGGUCUAUUCCUCCACAGUGCCGUUGCACUGAUAGAACUCAAGGCCGUUGCCCUUUAACACCAUGUGCUUGAAGCAAUUAUGAGUUCCCAUGUUAAUUGCAUAUGCAGUGUGACUUGCAUAUGUAAUACUCUGAUGAUGAGGCAAAGUCAUCUUUAUCUUUAGACUUUGUUUUCAUGUAUGGAAAAUAAUCUUAAAUAAAAUUGCUUCCUUCAGAAUCAA